UUGCUCCUUAGACUUGCCAUAGCUCUCCGGCUCCCCGUCUUCCCUCCUCCGGUGGGCGCCCGGCCACCAUGUGGCAGCUUGUGGCUCUCUUGCUGCUCAGCCUCGCCUAUUUCCUUUGGCCCAAAGUAAAGGGGCUUGGUGCCAAGUACCCCCAGAGCCUCCCAUCCCUGCCGCUGGAGGGCAGCCUGCCGUUCCUCCCCAGACAUGGCCAUCUGCACGAAAACCUCUUCAAGCUGCAGAAGAAAUACGGCCCCAUCUAUUCUGCUCAGAUGGGUUCCAACACCAUGGUGAUUGUCGGCGACCACCAGCUGGCCAGGGAGGUGCUCAUUAAGAAGGGCAAGGAAUUCUCCGGGCGGCCCCGAAUAACGACUCUAGGCAUCCUGUCCAACGACCAGAAGGGCGUUGCCUUCGCUGACUCUGGUGCCCACUGGCAGAUACAUCGGAAGCUGGUGCUGGGCACCUUUGGCCUGUUCAAGGAUGGCGACCUGAAACUAGAGAAGAUCAUUUGUCAGGAAGUCAGUUCCUUGUGUGAUUUGCUGGCCACCCACGAUGGACAGUCCAUAGAUUUGUCCUGGCCUGUCUUUAUGGCCGUAACCAACGUAAUCUGCUGGAUCUGCUUCAACUCCUCCUACAAGAAUGGGGAUCCCGACUUAAAGACCAUACAGCGUUUUAAUGACGGCAUCCUGAACUCACUGAAUGACAACAAUCUGGUAGACAUCUUCCCCUGGUUGAAGAUUUUCCCCAACAAAACCCUGGAAAUGAUCAGGAGAUAUGUUAAAAUUCGAAAUGACCUGCUGGGAAAAGUAUUGAAGAACCACAAGGAGAAGUUCAGCGGUGACUCCAUCACCAGCAUGAUGGAUAUGCUGAUGCAAGCCAAGAUGAAUUCAGACAAUAACAAUGUGGACCAAGACCAGAAUUCGAAGAUGUUUUCAGAUACACACAUUCUUGCCACCAUUGGGGACAUCUUUGGGGCUGGCGUGGAGACUACCACCUCUGUGGUGAAGUGGACAGUGGCCUUCCUGCUGCAUAAUCCUCAGAUAAUGAAGAAGAUCCAUGAGGAGAUUGACCAGAACAUAGGUUUUGGCCGAACACCAACCCUCAGUGACCGGAACAACCUCAUCUUGCUAGAGGCCACCCUCCGAGAGGUGCUCCGCAUCAGGCCUGUGGCCCCUAUGCUCAUCCCCCACAAGGCGAACACUGACUCCAGCAUCGGCAAGUUUGCUAUUGACAAGGGCACACAGGUCGUCGUCAACCUGUGGGCCCUGCAUCACGACGAGAAGGAAUGGCAGCAGCCUGAGCAGUUCAUGCCUGAGCGCUUCUUGGACCCCACGGGGAACCAGCUCAUCUCGCCAACGCUGAGCUACUUGCCCUUUGGAGCAGGGCCCCGCUCCUGCGUCGGCGAGAGCCUGGCCCGCCAGGAGCUCUUCCUCUUCAUGGCCUGGCUGCUGCAGAGAUUCCACCUGGAACUGCCGGAUGACGGGCAGCUGCCCUCCCUGGAGGGCAACCCCAAGGUGGUCUUUCUUAUCAACCCUUACAAAGUGAGGGUCACGGUGCGCCAGGCUUGGAGAGAAGCCCAAGCCGAGGGCAGCACCUAGAAGCCACACCGAAGACUCCCCGACUCCACCCCCUGCGGCCCUGUGGCUCAGAAUUCGAGGUGCCACUCCCCUCUUCCCCCCUUCUCUCUCCUCCCAGUCCACUCUGUCUUCUUUUCCAGUCUGCAGAAACGGCAGUAAUGUACAUAACUAAACCGUGUUUUCUUCAGAAAGUUCAACGACUCAUUCAUUUAUUCAUGUGCUCACUCUUCUUUCACUGAAUGUCUUACUGAGCCAUUCACUGUCCCAGGACAGUCAAGUUCCCUGGUCGUGUGAAGUUUACAUUGUAGUAAGCGCCCAUAAAUAAAUACUCAUUUCAGAGA